AUGCGGGGCCGGCGAGGCAGGCCGCCCAAGCAGCAGCAGCCUGUGGCGGCCACCGCUCAGGCGAGCUCCCCGGCUCCGCCCGCCCCACCGGGCCCCAUUGGGGGGCUGAGGUCCCGGCAGCGGGGCAGCAGUCGGGGCAGGUGGGCGGCCUCGGCCCAGGUGGAGGCGGCCUCUUCCUCCUCCACCGCCUCCCCCAGAGGGGGCAGCAAGAGGAAGGGAGGCAGCGGCAGCAGCAGCACCCCUGGUGGUGGAGGCAGCAGCAGUAGGGGCAGGGGCAGGGCUGGGGCUGGAGGAGCAGGGGGAGGAGGCGCAGGAGGCAGCUGUAGCAGCCAAGGCAGGGCUGCCUCGUCCAGGAGGAGCAUCAGCAAAGUGGUGUACGAUGAUCAUGAGAGUGAAGAGGAGGAGGAGAGCGUGGUGUCCGAAGAGGAAGAGGAGGGGGACCCCGAGGAUAACCAGGACUCCGAGGAGCAGGAGGAAGAGGAGAUCAUGGAGGAGGACGACGACGACGACUCCGAUUACCCCGAGGAGAUGGAGGAUGAAGAUGAUGCCAGCUAUUGCACUGAGAGCAGCUUCAGGAGCCACAGCACCUACAGCAGCACCCCAGGUAGAAGAAGACAAAGAGUGCAUCGUCCACGUUCUCCAAUAUUGGAAGAAAAAGACAUACCACUCCUUGAGUUUCCUAAAUCCUCUGAGGACUUAAUGGUGCCUAAUGAGCAUAUAAUGAAUGUUAUUGCCAUCUAUGAGGUACUACGGAACUUUGGCACUGUUUUACGCCUGUCUCCUUUUCGUUUUGAGGACUUCUGUGCUGCUCUGGUAAGUCAAGAGCAAUGCACACUUAUGGCAGAGAUGCAUAUAGUGCUUUUAAAAGCAGUUUUACGAGAAGAAGACACUUCAAAUACUACCUUUGGACCUGCUGACCUCAAAGAUAGCGUUAAUUCCACUUUGUAUUUCAUAGAUGGAAUGACGUGGCCAGAGGUUCUGCGGGUAUAUUGUGAGAGUGACAAGGAAUACCAUCAUGUUCUUCCUUAUCAAGAGGCAGAGGACUAUCCUUAUGGACCAAUAGAGAGUAAAAUCAAAGUUCUACAGUUCUUAGUAGAUCAGUUUCUUACAACAAACAUUGCACGUGAGGAGCUAAUGUCUGAAGGUGUUAUCCAGUAUGAUGAUCACUGUAGGGUUUGUCACAAACUGGGGGAUUUGCUUUGCUGUGAAACUUGCUCAGCUGUGUACCAUUUAGAGUGUGUGAAACCACCUCUUGAAGAGGUACCAGAGGACGAAUGGCAGUGUGAGGUCUGUGUAGCGCAUAAGGUGCCUGGUGUAACUGACUGUGUUGCUGAAAUCCAAAAAAAUAAACCAUACAUUCGACAUGAACCCAUUGGAUAUGACAGAAACAGACGGAAAUAUUGGUUCCUGAACAGAAGACUUAUUAUAGAGGAAGAUUCAGACAAUGAGAAGGAUAAGAAACUCUGGUACUAUAGCACAAAGGUCCAGCUGGCACAGUUAAUUGAAUGCCUAGACAAAGAUUACUGGGAAGCUGAUCUUUGCAAAACUCUUGAAGAAAUGUGCCAAGAAAUUCAUCGGCAUAUGGAUAUCACGGAAGACCUUACUAACAAAGCACGGGGCAACAACAAAUCUUUCCUUACUGCAGCAAAUGAUGAAAUAUUGGACGCUAUUAGAGUAAAAAAAGGAGAAAUAGUGGAGGAUAAAAGUCAAGCAGCUGAGGAAACAGAUAAGGACAAAAAUGAUGUUGAAAAUAAUGACCAAACAGAUACUGAAAAAAGCAAGGAAGAACCUGCAGACCAACUACAGGAAAAAAAUGAAGAAACACCACCUGAACAAGAUUCAGAAAACGGAAAAACAGAAGAGCCAACAGACGUUGGGGAUAAAAGUAACUCUGUGGCAUCAAGCACAGACGGCAGCACCACAAAUCCUUCUGCAGGAGAAACUAGUUCCUCUGAAGGGAAGAACGCAAUGGGGUGUCAGUCAGAAACCUUUGAUAGCAACAAUGUGGCAGAGAAGAAGGUGGCAUCAGAGCUCCCCCAGGAUCUCUCAGAAGAAACUGGUCAGAUGAGCCCCAGCAUCAGUCCUAGUGCAUCAGCUGCACCCCUCCAGUCUGUCGAAAACAGCAACAGCAGCGAGCUAAAUUCUAUGCAGAAUGACUCUAUUAAGACAUCUGAUGAUGCUGAAAAUGCAGAAGGAGGAUCCCAGACCUCAGAAGAAAUAGGUAAAAAUAAGUGGGAGAAAUCCAACGGUGAAAGAAGUGAUUCUCCAUGCACAGGGAAAGGCGCAUCAGGCUCGACACGAAUGCUUACCCGAUUACGAAAUCCAGAUAGCAAGCUGAGCCAGAUGAAAAGCCAGCAGGUUGCUGCAGCAGCACAUGAAGCAAAUAAAUUAUUUAAAGAAGGCAGAGAGGUUCUGGUGGUUAACUCCCAAGGGGAAAUCUCCCGGUUGAACACCAAGAAAGAAAUCGUGAUGAAAGGAAACAUCAGUAAUUAUUUCAAGUUAGGUCAAGAGGGGAAGUAUCGUGUCUAUCACAACCAGUAUGCCACCAACUCAUUUGCAUUGAACAAACACCAGCACAGAGAAGACCAUGACAAGAGACGGCACCUUGCACAUAAAUUCUGUCUGACUCCUGCUGGAGAGUUCAAAUGGAAUGGGUCUGUACAUGGGUCCAAGGUUCUUACCAUAUCUACUCUGAGGCUAACUAUCAUUCAGCUAGAGAGCAACAUCCCUGCAUCAUUCCUUCACCCCAACUGGGCCUCCCACAGGUCUAACUGGAUUAAGGCUGUUCAAAUGUGUAGCAAACCUAGAGAAUUUGCACUAGCUUUGGCUAUAUUGGAGUGUGCAAUUAAACCAGUUGUCAUGCUGCCAAUUUGGCGGGAGUCGUUGGGACACACUAGAUUACACAGAAUGACAGCUAUUGAAAGAGAAGAAAAGGAGAAGGUGAAAAAAAAAGAGAGGAAACAAGAGGAGGAAGAAACAAUGCAACAGGCUACAUGGGUGAAAUAUACUUUUCCUAUCAAACAUCAGGUUUGGAAACAAAAAGGAGAGGAAUAUAGAGUAACAGGAUAUGGUGGUUGGAGCUGGAUUAGUAAAACACAUGUUCAUAGGUUUGUGCCUAAAUUACCUGGAAAUACUAAUGUCAAUUACAGAAAAGUGCUACCAACGAAGAAUGAUGUUACCACUGAAAAUGAGUGUGAAUUGGAUAAAAGAAAAAGUCCAGCAAAAGUAAAAAUAGAGACUGAUUCUUCUAAAGAAAGAAAAAAAGAUUCUCAUGAUCCACAAGAGAAGGACCAAAAGGAAAUAGAAAUUUCUGAAACCUUGGAGAGAGUCCAAGUAAAGGAAGAAAACAAAAUGAUUGAUUGUGAAAAUAGAGCCAUCAAGGAAGAACCCAUGGAGAUAGAUGAUGUAAAAAUUGAAUCCCCCACAAAAAAUGAGGAUAUUCACUCUAAAGCAGAUUUAAUCAAUGUCAGCGAGGGGUUUCACUUAAGGACUUGCUACAAAAGAAAAGUAAAAACAUCAAAAUUAGAUGGACUACUUGAAAGGAGAGUAAAACAGUUUACGCUGGAAGAAAAACAGCGCCUAGAAAGGAUGAAGCUGGAGGCUAGUUCUAAACCUGUAGGCAGUAGAUCUGUGAGUCCACAGAAAAACAUAGAUGAGCCACAAACAACUAAAGCAAAAGAAGGAAGCCAGAUACACAUGUCUCCCCAAGACAGAACCCAUAUUUCAGGUAAGAUCCAAACUGAAGAUUCAGUACAGGACUGCUUGCCAACCAGCAGUACACCUUGUACCAAAACCUGUGAACCAGACCGGCCUUCUUUGCCUUCCAUAGACAGACUGUCAAAAAGAGAAGGCCAAGUACUGGAUGAUGCCUCUGAAAUUCAAAGUCCCGUUCAGAACAUCACUAAAGAAGGUGAUUCUGAACCAAUCACUACUGAUAAUAGUCCAGGACAAGAGGUUCUUAAAAAGAGAGAGCGUGAGAAUCCCCUCAUGGAUGAUUUAAAACAAACACACACAGAAGAUAUAAGCAAGAGUGGCACCUUAAACAAUGAAAAAUCUUCAGAACAAAAAAUAUUUAAUACCACAGUGUCUCAUAGUGAAUGUGAAAACCCAUUACAGCCAGUGGUAACUGAAAGCAGCUGUGAAACAGAUGUUCAGCCCGUUGCUGAAGAAGCAACCUCAGAAGAAAAAUCUGAAAAACAGGUCUGUGACCCAGAAAAUAAUUGCAUGCUGAAAAGCCAUUCUGAACCAGUGUCCCCACAAGAAAAUGACGAGGGAAAAGAUAUUGCUCAGAAAAACACAGAUGUUAAAACAGAAAACAAGAUUUUAUUUGAUCAGAAACAAUCGUUAAAAAACGAGCUAACUUUAGAAAAAACACCUGAAAGCCAAACUCCUGAACACAUGGGUGGAGUAAAUGUUAGUGGUGAUUUAUUGAAUUCUAAAGUCACUGAAGCCAAUGGUGAGAAGCAAGAUGAGGAACAGAAAAUGGAAGCAAGUACCAUAAACAAAUGUCUUGAUCAGCUGAAUCUAAAAAGUAUCACUGACAAAAAGAACAAUAAACAUGGAGAAAUAGAGACUAAAGUGGAGAGAGAGAAAUCGGUGGCAUUUCAAAUUAAUGGAAAAGACAGUGACAUUAAGGUAUUGUCAAAUGAAGAAUGCUUAAUGAAAGAUACCUGUGAUACUAAGGCAGGGAGUGAUAUUGAACCUAAAGUCAAUAAUAUUAGUAAAUCCAUUCCUGAACAGGAAAUAAAACCAUUGACUAUUAAAGAAUCCUCUGUAAAACCAUUCAUGAAUGGUGAUAUCACUAUGGAGGAUACAGAUUUAAAAAAUAACUUGGAUACUAAAUCAUGUUUACAAAGUUCUGCAGAGAUUGGUGAAAAGCAGCAUUCUCUUGAAAGAUCCAGCUUUGUUGAUAGUGCUUCUACACAAGCACAGCUUUCCUGUAAAGAAAAUAAUGUGAUUAGUGAAGUAGAAUCCAUGGAAACAGAAGCCAUUGAGGGUAAGGAAGUUGCACCCUCACCAGUAACUUCUUGUGAGGAAUCUAGCUUGAGUAGUGACUUUACUGAUCAGAAUGGCCUGCAGAUGUAUAAUAAAGUCGAAAAUAUCAAUGGAGAAAAUAAAACAAAAAAUAAAACUGUUAUUACAGAAGUGACCACCACAACGUCAACUGUUUCCACAGAAUCCAAAACGGUGUUUAAAGUAGCAGAGUUGUCAGCCUUCAAGGAUGAUAAACAAACCAUGGUGUCGUCUACAGAAAAUUGUGCCAUUUCCACUGUAACUACCACCACCACUGUAACUAAGCUUACCGCACCUGCUGCAGACAGCAAUGUUGAUGUCAUCUCUGUACAGGAGCACAGUAAAACUGUGAUUACUACAACAGUAACUGAUUCAUUAACUAUUCCAGGAGGCACAUUGGUGACUUCCAUGACUGUGAGCAAAGAAUAUUCCACAAGGGACAAAGUGAAGUUAAUGAAAUUUUCGAGACCCAAAAAGACUCGUUCUGGAACAGCCCUGCCAUCUUACAGAAAAUUUGUUACCAAAAGCAGUAAAAAGAGUAUAUUUGUUUUACCCAAUGAUGAUUUAAAAAAGUUGGCCAGAAGAGGAGGGAUCAGAGAGGUUCCCUAUUUCAACUACAAUGCAAAACCUGCCAUGGAUAUUUGGCCGUAUCCAUCCCCAAGACCAACUUUUGGUAUCACUUGGAGAUAUCGACUUCAAACCGUGAAAUCAUUGGCUGGGGUGAGCCUUAUGUUGCGGUUACUCUGGGCAUGUUUAAGGUGGGAUGAUAUGGCUGCAAAACCCCCACCUGGGGGAGGAACUACACGCACAGAAACAUCUGAAACUGAAAUUACAACAACUGAAAUAAUCAAACGGAGAGAUGUUGGUCCUUAUGGAAUUCGUUCAGAGUACUGUAUAAGAAAAAUCAUUUGCCCUAUUGGUGUACCAGAGGCUCCAAAAGAAACUCCUACACCUCAGAGGAAAGGCCUUCGAUCAAGUGCACUGAGGCCAAAGAGGCCAGAAACACCCAAGCAGACAGGCCCUGUUAUAAUUGAAAGUUGGGUAGCAGAGGAGGAAUUGGAAUUAUGGGAGAUCAGGGCAUUUGCUGAAAGGGUGGAGAAAGAAAAGGCACAGGCAGUUGAGCAGCAGGCUAAGAAGCGACUGGAACAACAGAAGCAGUUACCUACAACAGCCACUACGGUCACUACAGCAAGCAGUACUGCAACCACUGCCUCAACUCCACAGAAGGUUGUGGUAGGCCCAUUAACAGGCCCAGUUCCUACUGGAACCAAAGUAGUGCUUACUACUAAAGUGGGCUCUCCAGCUACGGUAACAUUCCAGCAGAACAAGAACUUCCAUCAGACUUUCGCUACCUGGGUUAAACAAGGCCAGUCCUCAGCAGGUGUUGUUCAAGUUCAGCAAAAAGUGUUGGGUAUCAUUCCAUCAACUACAGGUGCAAAUCAACAAACAUUUACUUCAUUCCAGCCAAGGACAGCGACUGUAACUAUUAGGCCAAAUACCACAGGGACUCUAGGUACAACAUGUACUUCACAAAUAAUGCCAGGAACACCGCUCCGCCCAGGUAUGACAGUAAUACGGACACCACUUCAGCCAUCAACAUUAGGAAAGGCCAUUAUUCGAACACCUGUAGUGGUGCAGCAAGGUCAGACUCAACAGGUGGUGACUCAGAUAAUUAGAGGUCAGCCUGUCUCAACUGCAGUUUCUAAUGCUAGCACAACUUCAAGUCCUGGACAAAAGGUAGCAACAGCUCCAGGAACACCUCCACAGAAUAUACAACCACAAACCACAACACCGCAGCCCACUCGUCCCCAGCAAGGGCAAGUGAAACUUACUAUGGCCCAACUCACGCAGCUAACUCAAGGACAGGGUGGCAGUCAGGGGUUGACUGUGGUAAUUCAGGGACAGGGUCAAACUACUGGCCAGUUACAGUUGAUACCUCAGGGUGUGACUGUAAUACCAGGUCCAGGACAACAGCUAAUGCAAGCGGCUAUGCCGAAUGGUACAAUUCAAAGAUUCCUUUUCACUCCAUUAUCAUCAUCUGCUACAACAGCUAGCACAACUACUCCGACAGUUUCCACUUCGACAUCAGCUACGGGAGAACAGAAACAAGCCUCACAAACACAGACACAACCAGUGCUGCCACCAAUUCAGCCCCACCCUCACAGUCAAUUGCAAGCUCAGCCACAGGUGCAGACCCCGAGUAUUCAGCCUCAGCCCCCAGCCCAGCCACAGACUACUCAGCCCUCACUUCAGCCUGAAGAUCAGACACAGCCUGAAUCUCAGUCUCCAACAUCAGCUCAGUCUCCAGUCAUAUCUGAAGCACAAACUGUCAUGGCACAAUCAACUAAAACUCCAGUUACAGUUCAGUCUCCACCACAGACCCAGGUUCAAGGGCUGUCUCAAAUUCAAAUCCAAAAUCAACCACAGACGGUCAUCCAUCCACAAGCUCAGUCCCAAGUCCAAGCUCUGCAGCAAGCUCAGGUGCAGACCACAACCCAGCAACAGAUACAAAUACAGCCCCAAGCUUCUAUACAAAUACAAGCUCAACUGCAGCAACAGUCGCAACCCCAGAUUCAGACUUCCCUUCAGACUCUUCCAGCUGCACAAAAUUUAAAUCAAAUUACUGUACAAUCUCCAUCUCGCCCUCAACUGCAGAUCCAGCAGCCUACAACAAAAGUUAUUACUGUACCUCAGCUUCAGCAGCAAGUCCAAGUUCUCUCCCAACUUCAGUCUCAUGUUGUAGCUCAGAUACAGGCCCAGCAGGGUGGUGUGCCCCAGCAGAUUAAGCUUCAGUUACCUAUUCAGAUUCAACAAGCCAGCCCAGUGCAGGCUCACCAGAUUCAGAAUGUGGUAACCGUUCAAGCAGCUAGUGUUCAAGAGCAGCUGCAAAGGGUUCAGCAGCUCAGGGAGCAACAGCAAAAGAAAAAGCAGCAACAGAUAGAAAUUAAACGUGAACACACUCUUCAGGCUUCUAAUCAAAGUGACAUUAUCCAAAAACAGGUGGUGAUGAAACACAAUGCUGUAAUAGAACACUUGAAACAGAAAAAGACACUGACCCCGGCUGAACGAGAAGAAAAUCAGAGAAUGAUAGUGUGUAAUCAGGUGAUGAAGUAUAUUUUGGAUAAGAUAGAUAAAGAAGAAAAACAGGCAGCUAAGAAACGGAAGCGAGAAGAGAGUGUGGAACAGAAGCGUAGUAAACAGAAUGCUACCAAGCUCUCAGCUCUGCUUUUCAAACAUAAAGAACAGCUUAAAGCUGAAAUACUGAAAAAAAGAGCACUUCUGGACAAAGAUCUACAAAUCGAAGUUCAGGAAGAGCUAAAGAAAGACUUGACUAAAAUUAAGAAAGAAAAAGAAAAAGCACAGGCAGCGGCUGCCGCCGCUGCUGCUGCCGCUGCCGCAGCUGCUGCUGCUGCAGCAGCAACACCCCCUCCACCUCCUCCACCACCACCACCACCACCACCACCAUCACAGCAUGCCACCAGCGUCACAUCUGCCACCACAGUCCCAGCGCCAGUAUCUUCCCAGAAGAGAAAACGAGAGGAGGAGAAAGAUUCUUCAGCUUCCAAGUCCAAGAAAAAGAAAAUGAUUUCUACUACCUCAAAGGAAACCAAGAAGGACACAAAGCUUUAUUGCAUCUGUAAAACACCUUAUGAUGAAUCAAAAUUUUACAUUGGCUGUGACCGAUGUCAGAACUGGUAUCACGGGCGCUGUGUUGGUAUUUUGCAAAGUGAGGCAGAUCUCAUUGAUGAGUAUGUCUGUCCACAGUGUCAGUCUACAGAAGAUGCCAUGACAGUACUCAGUCCACUGACUGAUAAAGAUUAUGAGGGAUUACGAAGAGUACUACGUUCCUUACAGGCUCACAAGAUGGCAUGGCCAUUCCUAGAACCAGUAGAUCCCAAUGAUGCACCAGAUUAUUAUGGUGUUAUCAAAGAGCCUAUGGACCUUGCUACCAUGGAAGAAAGAAUCCUGAAACGUUACUACAAAAAGGUGACAGAGUUUGUGGCAGAUAUGACCAAAAUUUUUGAUAACUGUCGUUACUACAAUCCAAGUGACUCCCCUUUUUACCAAUGUGCAGAGGUUCUUGAAUCAUUCUUUGUACAGAAGCUAAAAGGAUUCAAGGCAAGCAGGUCUCAUAACAACAAACUGCAGUCUACAGCUUCUUAGAGUUCAGCGUGUUAACCUAACACACACACAGCAAGAAUCUGGUUGUCUGAAAUUUUUAAUUAAGAAGCCAGAUGGUUUUUAGUCAGGUUAUCCUGACAAGACUUGAUGUAAACUGUGUUUUUAUUGGUCACAGCAGUCAAAUUAUAUUCUUGGC